UAAAGAAGAAGAAGAAGAAGAAGAAGCUCUCUGUAGUUAUGUUCUGUUUGUUCUCAGUUGCUUCUUUGUGAAUUUUCUUUCACGUUCUUUCUCUUUCUCUGGAGCCAAACAGAGGAUUUUCGGUGGGAAUUGACAAGGAUUUGAUCAUGUUCUCGCCAAAAAUUUUAUGAGGGAAUGUUAAGAAUCUGAAUCUGAUACGUUCAAAGAGAUUUAAAGUGGUUAUUCAGAAGGAAUUUGUACUAGAUUUGAUUGAUUUAUAGUUGCUGAUUGUGAAGAUUGGUCUUUGUUUCAUUGAAAUUUACCCAUUGGAGGUGACGCAGUUGGAGUUUCAGAGAUACAUUUUUCAAAGAGAUUAUUGAAGCUGUAAUAGGCGAAGAUCAGAGGAGUCCAAGAUUCAACCUCCUUGAAAUGUCAUUAUUCUGCUGAAAUCUUGAUACAAAGCAAGCAAUAUACUGGUUAAUUAACGGAGGAGUAGUGAAAUUGGAGGUGUACAGAAGGAGAUGGAAAAGAGCCCUUUGAGAAGCGGUAAUAACGGAAACAGUAGCGGCGUUACCAGUAACGGCAGAGAGAGAAGCGGAGGGGACGGCGGAUUAUUAAGAGCGAAUUCAGAGAUUAACGCGAGGCAAACGGCGUCGACAGAUUUUGUCUUGCAAUGGGGCAACCGGAAGCGGCUGAGGUGCAUGAAAGUACAGGUCAAAGACGACUCGGCCGCCCCGACCCAUCGGACGACGGUUCGGGUCGUCAGAACCGACAAGGACACUUUUAAUCAGCCAACCACAACCACUGCUACUAAUAACGGUAGUAAUCAUCACGGUAGUGGUUUCUUCAAUCUCCGUCAACGGCCUUCUCCGCCUCCGCCGCCGCCGCCUCAGCGUGUUCUCAGGAACUCUGAGAAUUCAAGUGCCAUGAGAGGGCAGAGCAACGGCGGCGGUGGUGUGAGAGGUUUUGCUUCACCGGACAGGGGGGCGCACGAUAAGAGAGGUACCAGAAACAAUAACCAUCACACCAGCAACACCAACAAUGGUAAUCAUGAUUACAACAAGUCAGGGGCAUCAUCGGAAACUGGCCACGACAGCAAAAAAGGAGGGUCCUCUUCUGCCAGCGGCGAGGCGGCGGUGGCACCACCUGUGUGGCCACCAAAAUUUGUGAUUGCUUUGACCAACAAAGAAAAAGAAGAGGAUUUCAUGGCUAUUAAAGGCUCUAAGCUCCCACAAAGACCCAAAAAGAGAGCAAAGUUUAUUCAACGGACACUCAAUCUGGUAAGCCCAGGUGCAUGGCUAUGUGACCUAACCCUCGAACGGUAUGAAGUGAGGGAGAAGAAGAUUUCUAAAAAGAGACCUAGAGGAUUGAAGGCAAUGGGUAACAUGGACUCAGACUCAGAAUAAGUGAGAGGAAUCCUGGUAUAGGCUUGUAUUUGAUAGGGGAAAGAUCAUCAAGAGGAUGAUGAAUGUUUUUUUUUGGGUAAUUUUAUUUAGGAUUUGAGAAAUGUUGGAAUUGUGUAAAUCGUGGCACUUUUAACCCUUCAGAAAAAUGAAAUCAUAGAAUUUCAUCUGCA